CUAAUAUCCAAACUUGAUUUCUUACUUCAUCAUAUCAUCUGGGAAACACAGCAUCCCUCCCAUUUGAUAGAAGAUAUUCCCCUUUUACCUGAAUUACGUACGACUAAACAUCAAACAUGCAUUCUGAAAACAUUGAGAGGUUUUCGAGCUGCAGAGGGGUCUCUUUUGAGAUCAAACCUCAUGCAGACCCAUUUGCCAUUCAACCUCCCUCAGCUAGCAAAAAGUACUGGCUUCCCUGGGGAAGCAACUCGAAAGUUGUCCCGGCAGGGCCAGGUGGAAACCUUUUUGCCAGGUCCAUGAGCAGGCCCAGCAGCCAUUUCUGUGAUGUUGAAACUGAUGAUGAAGAUGAUGACGAUACUAUUUUGUUUGACAUCGAAGAAGGCACCCAUGAAGAACAUAUUCAUGACAAGAAAGUGGAUGAACUGCCGCUCAAAGUGAAUCCUCUGCCUCUUCCACUCCCACCAGCUGGGAGUAAGCGGCAGCAAGCAAAACCAAAGCCACAUGGUUCCCGACUCUCGGUCAUCUUGCUUGAUCAAGGCCUUUUCACCGUUUACAAACGGCUUUUUGUGGUUUGUAUCACUCUAAACAUCACCGCCUUGGUUCUGGCUGCCACUGGCCACUUCACAUACGCAAGAAAUCGGGCAGCAUUGUUUUCCAUUGCCAACAUCUUCGCUCUGACACUGUGUCGAAGCGAGGCUUGUCUUCGAGUCGUGUUCUGGUUGGUAGUUAAACUGUUCGGCCACUCUUGGGUGCCUAUUCCGAUCAAAACUAUGAUCACUUCACUGCUGCAAUCCCUCGGUGGGAUCCACAGUGGUUGUGGCAUUUCAUCCAUCGCAUGGCUCACUUAUGCACUAGUCCUUACACUUAAAUACCGUGAAAACACCUCCCCUGAGAUCAUCGGUGUCGCAUCCGCCAUCCUAUCACUUAUAUGUUUGUCAUCAUUGGCCGCAUUUCCUCUCAUUCGCCAUCUCCAUCACAACGUCUUCGAGAGGACGCAUCGUUUUGCAGGAUGGUCAGCUCUGGCACUCCUCUGGGCCUUUGUUCUCCUCACUAUUUCAUACGAUCCCAUAACAAAAUCAUACACCAGCGACAUCGGCAACAGAUUGAUCAAACAACAAGAGUUCUGGUUUACGGUGGGGAUCACCGUGCUCAUCAUCAUUCCCUGGAUAACUGUCAGACGCGUCCCCGUAAACAUCACUUCCCCUUCUGGACAUGCUGCCCUAAUCAAAUUCCGAGGCGGAAUCAAAGCUGGAAUCCUUGGAAGAAUCAGCCCAUCUCCCUUCUCAGAAUGGCAUGCAUUCGGAAUCAUUUCCGACGGAAAGGAUGAGCACAUGAUGCUUGCCGGCGCCGUCGGUGAUUUCACUAAGUCGUUAGUGGCUGACCGUCCAAGCCAUCUGUGGGUGAGGCAAGUGCAUUUUGCGGGGCUUCCUUAUUUGGUAAACAUGUACGACCGGGUCCUGGUUGUCGCAACCGGGUCCGGAAUAUGCGUGUUUCUAUCGUUCCUCUUGCAGCCGUGCGCGGCGGAUGUUUGCGUUCUUUGGGUGACAAAAAAUGUGGAGCAAAAUUUUGGGAAAGAAAUUAAGGAAUGGAUGAGCGGACAUCCAAAAGACAAGGUGAUUGUGCAUGACACUGCGAUUUUAGGUCGCCCAAAUGUGUCUCAAAUGAGUGUUGACACUGCAAAAAAAUGGGGAGCUGAAGUUGUCAUCGUUACCAGCAAUCCAGAAGGAAGUCGGGAUGUCGUCAAUGCUUGCAAAUCUGCUGGAAUCCCUGCUUUUGGUCCAAUCUGGGACUCUUAAAAUCUUCAAUUGUGGUGUUACUUUUUUUGUUUUAUUAUGUACGCAUUUGUAGUUUAAUUUGGUACUUUCAAACUUCGCCGAAUGGGUGAAGACUAUAUAAUAUGUGUACUGCACUAUUUUUGUACUACUUUGGAAUAUGCGAUGAUCAUAUAUAUAGUAUAAGACGAC